AAAAAUUUAUUCAACAAAAUGCUAAAGAAAAAAAAUUGCGACAAAACAAUUCUCAAGCUACCAAUAUUAAUGAAAUAGAAUCAGAUAAUGAUUUACAAGAUAUAAAAAAUAAAUUUCAGGUAAAAAGUUCUGGAAUUAUAUCAUUAAAUGAAAUUGAUAAAGAAUCUAUUUCAAAUAUUGAACUAGAAGAAAAAAGGAUAGCACUAUUAGAGCGAAAAGUCAAACUUAAAAAGGAAUUGGCUAAAGCAAAUGCUAUUGAAUUGCAAAAUCGGCAACUAAAAAAAAAUUUAGGUUUGCCUUGA